AUGCCGAUCGGUCAUGUUAUGAAUCGAUGUUCUUGUGCCUACAUCGAUCAUUUGUUGCAACACAAAAGUAUUCAUCGCGGAAAAUCGCAGAUUUAUAUGUUCCAGGUAAGUUCUUUCGUUUUUAAGAAUUUCAAAAUAUGAUUAUUUUCAGCGUUUGAUUGUUGUAUGCAGUAGAUCUUCAUUAGCUGUUACUCGACAUGCUGCACGUGUUCUUCUUUCGCCUUUCGGAUUUGUCGAAAUUUAUUCGAGUGUCAAAAAGUUUGUGGAAGAAAGCGAUGCGAUUGGAUUGAUUGCUCAGGUUUGCCCAGAAAUUUUUUGAAAGGAUUCAAACUAUAAACAUUUGGCAGUUUGCCAAAAAUUCUUUUACAAAAAAGUCAUUCUUAACAUUUUAGAUCACUUCCUAUUCUUGCGAAGAAACUGGGUUCCGAAGUUCCACUGAAAUAAAAGGCGCACAAAAUUUGUUCACCGCGAUUUGCGAUGAAAUAAUCGAAUAUUUGCUGGAAGUCGAUGAAUCGAAUUCGAUCCCGGUUAUUCGAGAUUUUGUGAAGAAAAUCAUUUCGCAUUUUCCUCCAACUCAAUCACUUGCAAUUCUCAAUAAAAUAACAACAAAUACAAGAGUUCGGAAAUUGUUGAAACCUGUCUUUUUGAAGUUUAUUGAAAAUUAUGGUGAGUUUUAUUGAUUUAUUUUCCGACAGAAUAUAGAACUCCCGGGCUUUUGGUGUGAGAAAAAAAAAAGGAAUUUCAUAAUUUGAAAAUGACAAUUUUCAAGAAUAUAAAGCGUGAAAAUUUCGCGUGACCUCUAUCUUAAAUUUUAUUUUUCUCUCUUCAUUCCUUAAUAAAAAAAGGUUCAGAAUAUCCGGAUUUGUAUGCUUCAAUUAGUCGACGAAAUCUCGAUCCAGUUUGUCUUAUCGAAAUUGUUGCCAAUUUCGUCGCCAAAGAAUAUCAAUUGGUAUUGAGCGAGAAUUGCGAUUCGCUCAAAUUUGUGCAUAAUUUGGUGCAAAUUGUUGAAAAUCAAAAAUUGGUGAAUGAAACGAAUGGUUUGGUUGUUCAAGCAUUGGCAUUUUUGAUUUAUUCGACUUCGAGAAAACGAAACUUUUAUGGGAUGAGCGAAGAACAUGUCAAAAAUCAAUUAGAAUCAACUGAAACAACUAGUGAUUUAGUGCUGGUGAAUACAGCGAUUCAGGAUUCGGAUAAAGAAGCGAUUGUUAGGAAAUUGGAAAUUCAUGGAACUGGUUUGACUGAUGAUGUUGAAGUAUUUAUUAGAGAUGCUCUUAUAACAAAUCUAAAUACUAGUGAGUUUUUUACCUAAGAUAAGGGGAACAAGGGUUUUUUCGGGUUGAAUUUUCAUAGACCUUCUUGGCCUUGAAUUUGGCACCAAAACUUGGAAUUUUUAUAUGAAAAUUUAGUCUGAAAAACUUACAAGUGUUUUGAAUUUCCGCGCCAAAAGUAGGCAUAAUAUUCACUAAAAAUUGGAAUUUUUAAAAAAUGUUCUCAUAUUUUCCCAGCCUCUGAGUUUGUGACGUAUGAAAAUCUGAAAAAUCUGAAAUUUGAAUUCCACAACCCCCCUCGCCCUAUUUUUUUUUCAAUUUUCCCCCUUCCAGUCACUACAAAAUCCGUCGGAGCUGCAUUCUUUUAUAUGUGUGUAACUAUCUUGGAAAUUGUUAGUUCUGGCGAAGAGCAAAUCGAAGAUCCAGAUUCGGCAUUAUUCUGGAAUGGUCAAAUAUUUGCACGAGCAAUCAAUCAAUUUAGCGAAAGUAAUGAGAAUUGUCAGAUUGAUUGGAUCGAAGUUUUGAAAGAACUCGAUUGUGAAGAAUAUUUGUUUCAUUGGCGAAUUUUGAAAUAUAUCGACGAAGUUUGUCGUGAAGCAUUUAAACCACCCAAAGUAUUUCCGAUUCAUUUUUUCCUUGGACAAUGGAAAUUUUUUGAAGCGCAUCUUGCUUUUAUUGGAUGUUUGAUUCGACAUCCUUCAUCUUUUGAUUUAUCAAUUUAUGAACAUACAAAAGUUAUUAGACCUGAAGACUUAGAAUUGGAAAAUGUUUUGUCAAAUGAGAAAGUGGAUGAUAAUAUUUUAAAACUUUGGAAUAUUUUGGAUAUUACUAAUAUAAUUUUAACAUGCACAAGUAAAGAACCAAAUAUUUUGAUUGAAAUUCGACGAAUGUUUGAUAUUGGAUUCACUUAUUGUCCAGAUAUUGUUGUUUUGGCAUUAAUUCGAUCAACUUCUCCAUGGGCACAAAUUCGUUUGGAUAUUCUUCGAUCAUAUAUUCCGAUUGUUAUUUUGUCGAGUGAAAAUAUUGCGAGUAUUUUGAAUAUUGCCUGGGGAGAUCCGGAUAUUUUGAAACAUAUCAGAAAUAUUAUUGUUCAAUCAAUUGCGGGAUUAUAUGUACAGGAUGAUGAAGAGAGACUCGAGAAAUUGUUGAAAGUUAGUUUUUAUUGUUUUUAAUUUCGGAAGAUAUUCAAGAAUCUUCAGUCUUCCUGGAUUUUUAAUCCACGUCAUAACUCUCAAAUUCUUUCAGAUAACUCAUGAAUUGAAACCGAAUGGAAUAUCGGAAGUUUUGUCACUUUCUGCAAAAAAUCUAACAUUCAUGAUUGAUUUUGCUUGUCUCGCCUCGAAACGAGAAUAUUUGAAACUCGAAAAAUGGCUGGAAGAGAAGGAAAAAACACAAGGAGCUGCUGUAACUAAUGCUGUUUUGUUGUAUAUUGAAAGACGGUAUAAAGAACCGGAAAUGUUGGAAGCUUGGAACAACGAAGAAGAAACUAGCGAACCGCUGCGAAUUUUAUUGAUAUUUGCCAAUAAAAAAGCGACGGCUAAGCAAAAACAAUUGUUUGCAAGCAUAUUUCAGGUAACUAUCGAUUCUACUCUUCUCUCGAAAUCCACAUUUUGUCUGUUUUCACUAGGAAAAACCCUUCAGCAAACAAACGGACAAAAAAAACGAACACACAAAAAAUAAAAAUUCAAAUCGUGCAAUUUUGAAAUUGUCAAUGGAGCAGCGCGUUGCGGUCGCGACGCGUGUCUCAUUCGCGUGAUUUUCCAAUUCAAUCCAACUUUUACCGUGUUUUUUGUGGUUUUGCGAAGGGUUUUUGAGAGUUUUGAAUGGUUUUAUAGAAAAUAGGAAAUGUGAAUUAGUAUAUAGGCUUUGUUUAAGGUUCUUGCGUUUCGUAAUAACUAUUGAUUUUUGAGAUAUAGAUUUUUACAUCUGUUUGUUUGUAAAAUCAAUUUUCCAAAGGAAAACUGUACUUUUCAGGUAAUGAAAGAGAACUCGGGUCGAAGUUCGUCAGUCUCAUCGGCUGGCGGACGAAAUUCAGUUCAAAUUGGACCGGCAGUAUUCGGUUCGGGACCACCACCUGUGCCGAUAACCAUGCCGCCUCCACAACAACCACCAACAGAUCAAAGACCACCGCCAGUUGGCGUUAUUCAACAACCACCACCACCUAUUGGACGACAAGUUUCCGGUUUCGGAGCUGUAGGAUUGCCAGGAUUUUCGGCUGCCGUUGGACAACCACAUUUAAUGACGCAACCACCGCAAAUGAUGAGUUUGGGACCAUUUGGAAAAGGAGCUAUGAAAGUUCAACCAGCACCUCCACAACCUUCGUCGAUGUCGCCAUCGAAUCAAAUGAUUAGAUCACAGAUUCCACCAUUGACUCAAAGACAGGUAAGAACUUGCAUUUUAUUUUUCAAAACAAUUUUAACAAUUGUUGAAGAUGUUUCAGAACUCUCAGUCUGGUGGAUGGCAUGGUCUUCCACAACCAACUAGUCGAGCACCUGGUCCAGCAACUCCACAACAUAUCGAUUUCCGACAAGGUCUACAAACUGACCUCUCCUCCCAAAGACUUGGAAGCACUUUAUCACUGACUUCAUCACAGAAUCUUGAUGAUUCUGCAAAUGUCAGUUUCGAUGAAGACAUCCAAGAAGAAGCCAACUCGUAUUUCGAGAAAAUCUACAGCACAUCGAAUGCAAUGUCAGUCAACGAACUCAUUGCUCUUCUCAAAACCUUCAAAACAUCUUCAGUUAUUCGCGAACAACAAGUUCUUGCAUGUGUUGUCAAGAAUUUGUUUGAAGAAUAUCGAUUCUUUCAUGAAUAUCCGGAAAGAGAAUUGAGAACAACUGCAGCUGUUUAUGGAGGAAUUAUUCGAGAAGGAAUUAUUAGCAAUGUUCAAUUUGCGACUGCUGUUCGAAAAGUUAUCGAAGCUUUAUCAGCAGAAGUGAAUAGCAUGUUAUGGACAUUUGGAAUUGUUGCAUUGCAAUAUUGUAGAAAUAAAUUGUGCACUUAUCCAAAAGUAAGUAGGGCAGGUAUUACUUUAGGGAGAAAAAUCUGAUUGUUUUUCUCGAAAAAAUCAUGAAGACUGUAAUUGAAUGACCUUUAAAGUAUGUUUUUAAUGGCCAAGCCUCAAAAAAAAACAUUCUAAAGGAUCAUCCAAUUAUGCAAAGCCAUGAUUUUCCUUUUCGAGAAUAAAAAUUGAUUUUUCUCUGCUUUUAGAAACUGGAAAAAUGUGCUAAUGAGGAUAUUAUUGAAUGUCAUGCAAUUUUUUAUCACGAGUUAAUUUUUUUCUUUGGUUGCUAGGCAAAUUCUGAAAAGAAAAAUUUAUACUUUAUUCGUUUCUUUGAAAAAUAAUUGAUUAUGAAUUUCGUAACCCAUAUUUUUUUCAGGUUUGUAAUAUGAUAGCAACUUGUGAAAAUUUUUCGAAAUUCCCGCAAAACUUGAAAGAUUAUGUGCUUGCCGGAAUAAAAGGAGAAAUGCCAGCUGAUGCAGGAAGAAGUACACCAACAAAUCCAGUGAAUUGGGGAGCAAUUACAAGAGCAUCGUCGGUUGAUCCGAAAACAUCACUUCCAGCAAAUCGAACGGGUAAUUCAGUAUUGUCUUAUACAAAUACGGAUACACUUGUUACGGCCACUGAAAAAGAUGGAGCUGAGAUUGCGCAACCAUGUGAGGCAAUUGUCGAUAAAAUCUCAUUUCUUUUCAAUAAUUUAUCACAUAAUAAUUUGACGGAAAAGAAGAAUGAGGUUAUUCAAAUGAUGGAAGAACAUGGAGAAGGUUUUACUCGAUGGCUUUCGCAAUAUAUUGUUAUGAAACGUGUUUCGAUUGAGCAAAAUUUCCAACCUCUUUAUAAUCAAUUUGUGCAAGCAAUUGAUAAUUCUUUUCUCGAUUCUUGUAUCAAACGAGAAACAUUUAGAAAUAUCAAGGUGAGCCUUGUUUCAAAAAAUAAAAUUUCAGUUUCUCAAUCUCAAAUUUUUGCAGAUAUUGUUACGAACUGACAAACGAACGAAUGUCGCCUCAAAUUAUAGUGAUAGACAAUUGUUGAAAAAUUUGGGAAUGUGGCUUGGUUCAAUCACCAUAGCUAGAAAUAGACCCAUUUUAUUGAAUGAUCUUGAUCUCAAAUCGUUACUUUUGGAAGCGUAUUAUAAAGGACAAGCCGAAUUGCUGUUUGUUGUUCCGUUUAUUUCGAAAAUUUUGAUGUCGUGCAGUAAAACUACGGUAGGUUUUUCAUUUUUAUUUUCGUUUUCAGACACGCAGUUUUGAUUCUUUCAGUUGUUCACAUCGAAAUGUGCUUGGAUACGAAGUAUAUUAAAAGUUCUAGCAGAACUGCAUAAUGAACCGGAUUUAAAAAUCAAUUUGAAAUUCGAAAUCGAAGUUCUUUGUAAAGAAUUGAACGUGGAUUUGAAUCAAUUGCCAAUUGAUGGAAUUCUCAAAGAUACUGAGAAACUUGUUCGUGUUCCACAACAAUUGUGUGAAAUAAAGAUUCUUCAACGUCCAGAAGGUGUGAGUCCAGUUCCAUCACAACUUCGAUUAACUGGAUCAGCUGAUGCAUUGGGUGGAGCAUCGCCAUCAAUUGAAACAAAACCAUCAACACCGCAACCAGAAGGAAAUGAUUUACUUGGACCUGGCGGAAUUGGCGGAGGACAAGGUGGAGAUGCACAGAUUACACCAAAUGUUACACACUUUUCGUAUCAUGAUAUCAAUGUGUUGACUUAUGAAGGACUUACACCGCAUUUGAUCAUCAAUUCUUCACUUCAAUUGUUCCAGGUAAAUCAUGUUCUGAUUUUCAAAAAUUGAUAAGAUUUUCUAAAUUUCAAGCUAUCAGUUUCUAAAUUUUCACAAAAAAAUUUAUUUGUUUUUUGCAGCUUCAUCCACAUGCUAAACAUAUGGUGAAAUUGGCAAUGACAAAUGCUAUAAAGGAACUCAUAGGUCCAGUUACUGAAAGAGCUUUGAAAAUAGCAAUGACUGUGACAGAAAGUAUGAUCAAGAAAGAUUUUGCAAUGGAUCCAGAUGAGAAGAACUUGAAAUUGGCCGCAUUUCAUAUGAUGAGAGCAAUGACAGCUGGAAUGGCAAUGAUAACAUGCCGUGAUCCAUUGGCUAGUACAAUGGUUGCUAGUUUGACACAAUCAUUUAUCACAUCAUUGAAACCAACCGGAUCGAAUCCUGAAUUGAAACAAUUGAUUGAUGAAGCUGCACAAGCAAUUACACAACAAAAUAUUGAAUUAUCGACUAAUUUUAUUGUGAAAACUGCGUGUGAAAAAGCAUCGACUGAAAUUGAAAAACGAUUGGAACCGGAAUAUGCGAAGAGAAAAGCGGCAAAACAAAACGAGGAGAAUUAUCGAGAUGAAGUUAUGAUGGCAAUUCAAAAUAAGUUGCCAGCGAAAAUUGCGAUUGCUCCAGGAAGUGUUGAAAAAUCGAAUUUGGCAGUUUAUGAGCAAUUUAGUAGUCGAAUUUGUGGAUUUAAACCAACCAACGAUGAUUCGACAUCAAUUGUUGUGGCUGAUUUGGUUCAACAAGUUGGAGGAUUGAAUAGUGCAAAUGCAAAUGCGCCAAUGAAAGAAAUUGAUGCGAUCGUUGCGCAGAUGCAACAUUUUGUUAAAGAAGUUGAUCAAACUACACAAGCUCAACCACAUGUUGGACAUAAUGUAAGUUUUUGUUUUUUGGGAAGUUUAAAGUUAUGUGGAAAAUUUCAGGCUUUCCAAUCGGUUCUCAAUAUUCGCGAAUUGUUGCAACAUGUUAUUGUCGCUAGAAGUGCACAAUCGCUUGUUAAUUUGAUCAAUAAAUCCGUAGAAAAUCUUCUCGUUGCUUACCAUUUCGAAUCUGCAACCAAAAGUGAGUUGAAUUUAAAUUGAUAAAUUUAGAAAAUUCACAAAUCAGGCUCUUUGAUUUGAAAAAUCUUCAAUCUCCUUCUAAUAUUCAUUUUUUCCAGAUUUGCUCGAUGUUGAAUGGACUCGCCGAUUGCGUGAUUUGUUUGUUGGAGUUAUGCGACUUAUGCAAUCUCACUUCAAUAUUUCCGAUUUGUCUCGACGUGUCACAACAGCUGUAAUUAGUAUCCGAGCUGAACAUAAAUGGAAUAUGGAAGGAAUUGAGAUUCUUCUCAAGCAAAAUUUGAUUCAAACCGCAUUAUGGGAUCAACAUUUGGCUGCUUCGAUGGAAAGUUCGGGAUCUUUGGAGCCGACAAUGUUUGCGCAGAAGUUUGUGAGAGGAUUGGGAAUUUCGGAUGCGAAUAAAUUGAACUUCUUGAAAGAGAAAUUCCCAUUAACAUGUGAACAAUUAUCGAAAUUACAUGCUCUUCAAAAUGCGACACGUGCUCAAAAUGAUAUUUCGAAUGGAGCAGCAGCUGCCGCCGCCGCAGCAGCCACAGCACAUAAUUUGAAUAUUGGAUCACAUGUUCAUGAACAAGGCGAAAAUCUUCAACAACAAAGAAACUUUGAUGAUCCAGAUAUGACACAAAAAGUUGAAUUGAUAUUGAGAGAAUGGAUUCAAUUAUGUUAUACACCAACUGGACAAAGAAAUCCACAAGAAGCACUAUCUCAAAUGAUUCAAUUGAUGCAUGAACAAGGUGUUUUGGCGACAGAUGACAAAAUCACACAAUUCUUCAGACUUUGUGUUGAAAUGUGUGUUGAUGUAUCAGUUCGAAUGUUGAAAAAUGAUCAAGUUCAUUCUGGACUCACUCAAAGUUUUUUGAGACAUCGUUGUUAUUAUACAUUGGAUGCAUUUGUUAAAUUGAUGGCAUUAAUGAUCAGACAUUCGGAUAAUGGACAAUCACAGAAUAAGAUAAAUCUUCUCAAGAAAUUGUUGAAUAUUGUUGUUGGAGUUUUGCAUAUGGAUCAUGAAGUUCGAAGAAAUGAUUUCAAUGCGAUGCCAUAUCAUCGAAUUUUGAUUUCAUUGUUCAAUGAGAUAACUGGCCCAGAUCCACAAAGAUUAUUGGAUCCAAUUGCUUGGAGUAUUUUGGAGGCUUUUGGACAAACAUUCUUUGCAUUGCAACCAAGAAGAAUGCCUGGAUUUGCUUUUGCUUGGUUGGAUAUUGUUGGACAUCGAAAUGUUAUUGGAAGAUUGUUGGGUGAGUUUUUGGAAUUUUUCUAACAAUCUCACAGAUUUUUCAAAAGUUUGGGUUUUUUUUUUAGAAAAUAUCGAAUUUUUCACUUCAAAGAUCUAGAAAAAGUUAAAAUUUUGUAAGAAAUUCAGUUUUUUUUGACAAUUUCAUAUAAAAACUAUCAAUUUUCAGCCAACACUGGAAUCGCCGAAACUGUUGAUGCCGAAAAAACAGCAGCCACAUAUACCCAACUCAUAAUCUCGCAUCUCAAAUUCUUGGCUCCAUUCCUUCGCAAUAUUCAACUUCCAAAAUCGAUUGCAAUUUUAUACAAAGGAACUCUUCGUGUUCUUCUCGUUAUUUUGCACGAUUUCCCCGAACUUUUGUGCGAAUUCCAUUAUGCAAUUUGUGAUACAAUUCCUCCAAAUUGUGUCCAACUUCGUAAUUUGGUCUUAUCUGCCUAUCCUCGAAAUAUGCGACUUCCUGAUCCAUUUGCAUUGAAUUUCAAACAAGUUGACAGUAUUCCAGAAAUGAUUAUUGAACCAAAAUCGAAUAUUAAUAUGGCUACAAUGAUUCCGGUUUCGAUUCGUGAACCACUUGAUGAUUAUUUGGCUAAUCGAUCUUCUGUUGAAUUCUUGUCAUCACUUCCAUCACUUCUUCAAGUAAGUUUUUUUUAUUAUUUAAAAAUCUUCUAAUUUGUGUGUUUUUUCAGUACCAAACUCCAAAUGUAACUGGAUCUCGUUACAAUACAACUGUAAUGAAUGCACUUGUUUUGUAUGUUGGAAUUCGUGCCAUCGAAUCACUUCGAACAAGAAAACAACGCAUUUCGAUUCACACAAUUGCUCAUACUUCAUAUAUGGAUGUUUUCCAGAAUUUGGCUGUUCAAUUGUGCACCGAAGGUAUUUUUGUUUUUUGUCAAGAGUUUCAUUGUAUUCAUUCAUGUUUUUUAGGUCGAUAUUUGCUUUUCAACGGAAUCGCCAAUCAACUUCGUUAUCCAAAUGCACACACUCAUUAUUUCAGUUGUGUCUUCUUGUUUUUGUUCAGAAAUUCUGAUUGUGAUGCUAUUCAAGAGCAAAUUACACGUAUUUUGUUCGAACGACUUGUUGCACUUCGACCACAUCCAUGGGGAUUAUUGAUUACUUUUAUUGAAUUGAUCAAGAAUCCAACUUAUAUGUUCUGGAAAUAUGAUUUUACACGAUGUGCACCAGAAAUUGAAAGGUUGGUACGAGGGGAUUUUGGGGGAAAAAUUAUUGUCAGGAUUUUUUAUCUGAAAAAAUUUAAGCUGAAAAUUUCAAAUUUAAUCAAAUUUAAAAAAAAGUUCUGUUGAAUGUUCCAAAUGAUUUUAUUUUGGGAAUUCACAAAUUCCAGAUAUUUUCCGAAUUUUUAUACAAAAAAAAUAUUUCAAAACUUAUCUAAUUUUUUUUGGAACUUCCCAACAAAAAUUUCCAAUUUUUAUAAAUAUCUAAUAUUCAUCCCCUCUGCAUUUCUAUAACUAAUUUUAAAAAAUUUCCAGAUUGUUCCAAAAUGUUGCGAACACAUGUGUUCCAAGUCAAUCACCAGCAGCUGUCGCAGCCGCCGCCGCUGCCGGAAUUCCAGUUCCAACUCAAUCACAAUCCCAACAACAACAACAGCCAUCAUCGCAAGCUACACCACAAACGACCUCAACCACAAGUUCUAUCUCAGCUUCCUAA